GGGUACGUGCAUUACGGCGACAAGUGUCCAGCGCUCACAAGACUCUCUGGACUCUCUCUCUCUUGGCUGCUCUGACCUCACCUGGCAGGCACAGUCACUGCUCAGCCCCUCGGCUAAUGCCACAGGAGAGUCAAAGCCCCUUGCUUAAACUAGAGCAGCCCCCUCUUCUACACCCCUCCCUGAUUUUGUCCUGAGAAGUGGGGCUCUCCUGCUGUGGCAUUGAGUUCUGCCGUUGACCUGGGCACCGAAUUCAUUCUGAACUAGCGACCCGCGUGGUCGUGAAGAUCUGAGGGGGGGUGCACAGCAGUCAUGCUAGGACAGGGGCGUUGCUGAGCUGUGGGGCUGCUUCCUGAGUCUCAGGGGUCUGUGCCUAUUCUGUUUUUGUGUCAUCUUUUGGGGCCCCGAUGUUCUCCGAUAACGCCCACUGCCCCGACUGUGGCCAGCAGUGGUUCCCCAGCCUAGAGCUGGGCCACUGGCUGUACCAGACAGAACUGGUAGAAAACGAGUGCUACCAAGUCUUUUUGGACCGUAUUAACAGGGCCGACUACUGCCCUGAGUGCUACCCUGAUAACCCCGCCAACCGGAGCCUGGUCCUCCCGUGGUCUUUCCCACUGGAAUGGGCACCCCAGAACCUCACCCGGUGGACCUUUGAAAAAGCCUGCCACCCCUUCCUGCUGGGUCCACCCCUGGUGAGGAAAAGGGUCCAUGAUUCCCGGCUUGCUGGUCUGAACCCUGCCUUGCAGCUAAUCCUGACCAGAACGGACAAAACCUUGAACAAGAAACUCGGCCAGAGCAAAUAGUUUCUCUUGAAUAGUCACCGUUCUGGAAGUUUCUAGAGACCUUUUUUUUGGUAGUAGUAGUAGUAGUAGAGGCAGCAGCAAGCUGAUAAAAUGGUUGCUUGCAAAAGCAAGUCCUUUGGGGUUUGGUGGGGUGGGGCAGGACUCCCUCAGUCUCUGUCCAGCAUAUUUUAUUCAUUAUGACUUGGAGCUGUGUCCCAGCCAGGCUGGAGUAUAAGACCAUUUAGCCUUUUCUUUCUUUCUUUCUUUGUUUCUUUCAAUUUUUUUU